AUGUCGUUGUUAUCAGCUUAAUGUGAUUUUUAAAAAUCUUUCCUUUUUUCAUUUGUGAAUGUUUUUUGGGUUCGUUUUGCUGUAGUCACCUAUUGGCUAUUAUUGCCUAUUAUAUUAUUAUUGUAACCAUUGUUAUACGAGUUUUUAUUUCAAACACUUUAAAUAACUCUAUCACAGUAGUAAAUUUCAAAAUGGCUUCAAACUCCAAUGAUGAUUCUAGGUUCGUUCCUACAUGGAUGCAAGACUUACCUUCAAACACUCAAAACAAAACUAGAUUCGUCCCUUCGUGGAUGCAAAACAUGGAAUCUAAUAAAACUCAAAAUAACCAUUCUAUCCGUUAUAUCGAGUUUCACGGUAAAGUUGUUUAUUGUACCCAGGCAACUUAUUUAGCAGCAUACACAGUUGAUAUCAUGGAUUUAAUUGAUGACAAGAAAAUUCAUUAUUUUGGUUUUGAUAUGGAAUGGCCAGUUCUGAAUGGGAAAAGUUUAAAAACAGCCUUGAUUCAAAUUUGUGUCAAUCAUACACUUUGUUAUAUUUUUCAUGUCUAUUUACUUCAAAAACUGCCAAAUGUUUUUCAAAAUUUAUUAAAUACUCCAAAUGUACGCUGGUCAGGCGUUUGUAUUAAAAAUGACUUUUUAAAACUAUCGAGAGAUUUCAAUAUUGAUCUGAGUGUUGCAAUAAGUAACAUUAUUGAUUUGGCAACUUACACUAACCAAGUUUUGAAUUUUGAAUCAAAUUUGAGAUGGAGCAUGGCAGAUUUAGUUCAAUAUUUACUGAAAAAACAUGUCAAUAAAGAUGUUCAAAUCCGAAUGGGAAACUGGAAUAACACAAAUCUUAAUGAAAAACAACUUAUGUAUGCUGCAACCGAUGCAUAUAUUUCAUUAAUACUUUUCGAACAUCUCAAGAACUUGGAAUAAAAAAAUAUUAUGAUUUCAAAAAUAAAACUGUUGAAGUUGGGUCGAAUGCACUAUGACCCAUGUCUUAAACUACAAAAUCAACUCUCAGAAUAUUUAAAAACUACUGCGACAAAUGACAGUGGUUU